AUGGCGCCCUUGGACCCAGGAGCGUCAUCCAUCUCGGUAGCAGUCCGAGUACGCCCAUUCACAAUCAGAGAAGCUGCGCAAUUAACGAAAACCGAUGAAGGCACGCUCUUCCUGGGCGACGGCUCCCUCGCCGCUGCGCCGACCCCGAAGCUCAACCAGAGAGGCCUAAGAUCAGUGAUCAAGGUGGUGGAUGACAGGUGCCUUGUGUUCGACCCCCCUGAAGACAACCCCGUGCAAAAGUUCUCGAGAUCCGUUGUGCCCACCGGCAAAAAGGUCAAGGACCAGGUCUUUGCCUUUGACAGAAUCUUUGACGACAAGGUCUCACAAACAGAAGUCUACGAGGGCACCACCAAGCCCCUCCUCGACAGCGUGCUCGACGGCUACAAUGCGACAGUCUUCGCAUACGGCGCCACCGGCUGCGGCAAGACUCACACCAUCACCGGCACGUCACAGCAGCCCGGUAUCAUCUUCCUGACCAUGCAGGAGCUCUUCGAAAAGAUCGCCGAGCGCAGCGAUGAGAAGGUCACCGAGCUAUCAUUGUCAUACCUCGAGAUCUACAACGAGACCAUCCGGGAUCUCCUGGUCCCGGGAGGCAGCAAGCAGGGGCUGAUGCUGCGCGAAGACUCACACCAAGCUGUCAGCGUCGCCGGCCUGACGAGCCACCAUCCCAAAGAUGUGCAAGAGGUCAUGGAUAUGAUCGUGCAGGGCAACGAAUACCGUACCGUCUCGCCCACAGAGGCCAACGCCGUGUCCUCGCGGUCGCACGCCGUACUUCAAAUCAACAUUGCUCAAAAAGACCGCAACGCCGAUAUCAACGAACCUCACACCAUGGCUACUCUCAGCAUCAUCGAUCUCGCAGGUAGCGAGCGCGCCAGUGCUACCAAGAACCGAGGCGAGAGGCUGCUGGAGGGUGCCAACAUCAACAAGUCGCUGUUGGCGCUCGGUAGCUGCAUCAACGCGCUCUGCGAUCCUAGGAAGAGAAACCACGUACCAUACCGAAACAGCAAGCUGACGCGUCUGCUCAAGUUUUCGCUGGGCGGGAACUGCAAGACCGUCAUGAUUGUCUGCGUCAGCCCCUCGAGUGCGCACUUCGACGAGACUCAAAACACGCUCCGAUAUGCGAAUCGGGCCAAGAACAUCCAGACCAAGGUCACGCGCAACGUCUUCAAUGUCAACCGCCACGUCAAGGACUUCCUCGUCAAGAUCGACGAGCAGAUGGCGCUCAUCAACGAGCUCAAGGCACAGCAGAAGGACGCCGAGGCGACCUUCUUUGCCAAAUUCCGCAAGCAGAUGGAGAAGAGAGACGGCAUCGCGAGAGAAGGAAUCCAACGCAUCAGGGUGGCGUACGACAACUCGGCGGAAGAGAGGCAGCAGAAGAUUGCCGACAUGAAGAAGCUCAAGGCCUUUGAGCGGCGGAUUGGUCUACUCUCGGCCUGGAUUGCGGCUUUUGACACCAUCUGCGACGCGCGGGAAGAUGAGGAUGCCAUGCCGCCCAACCUCACGGCCAUGCGCAAGACUGCGCAGGGCAUUCUAGCAGAACUGGAGCACAGCCGUCAGCACCUCCACCAGAAGCUGGAGAAGUCCAAUUGGGAGCGUGCGAUCGAUACUGCUCUCCAGCACAGCAUCGCUCAGCUUCCUACAGACGGUGCAUGCGAUGGUGGUGAAAUUGCAAGCCUCACACGAGAGACUGAGCUUCUGAAGUCCAACUUUACCAGGGAAGCGUACAGGGAGGUUCUGGACAGUGAAAAAGCCGGUGAUGCGGCUACGGUACAGAUUCUCCUGACCGCUCAGUUCGACAUCCUCUCCUCCCUGUCCGAGACGCUCGCCAUGAAUGAGGAAGAGGCUGUCGCGCAUGCCAAGGACAUCAUCAAGAGGCUCCUGGAGACCGGAUACACUGCGGCAUCGCAUGUCGUCAAGCCCGACGGCGCCAACAUGCCUGUCGAGCUGUUUCCUCCUACCAAGCGUGGCACGCCGAAGCGAAAGAAAGCUGCGGCUGUCAAAGUGAGGCCUGUUCCUGCACCCGCUUUCGUCGCUGUGGCUCCAGCAGCGCAGCAGGUCUUCGCCUCUCCGAUGAAGUCGUCUCCUCGACGGCGCAAGGUCGCAGCCGGCAAGAAGGGCGUUUCCUUCAGCCCCAAGAAGACGACUCCCUCCAAGCGCAGCGUCAGGUGGCGAGACGACGAGACGGAAGAGGGCACACUGGCAGACUUUGAGAAGACUCCCCAGAAGUUCGACUCGACUCCCGAGCAAGACUCUCCGCUAAAGAAGAAGCGCGAUCCGGCGAUGAUCCCACCCAUGCCCGCGCUACCAUCAUACCUCGAACAGCAAGACUCAGCCUCGGACUCGAGCCCGUCGCUUACCGUUCCCGAGACCUCGAGCCUGCCUGCCUCCAAGCCUAACAGGUUCCAGGCCGGCUUCCUGUCCAAGUCUCGCGGUCCGUCGGCCGGCAACGGCUCGCCUGUCGCGCCGACCCUGUCUCUGAACCUGGCCAACUCUUCGGACAGCGAGGAGCGCACGACGCCGCUGAGAGACCUCAGCGUCGGCCAGGCCUCGAACCACCUGUCGCCGCCGUCGGCAACCCGCAUCCCAUCGGCGAACCGCUCCUCGCUCGACGAGAACAACCCGCCGGCGAUGUCAUCGCUGCUGGCAGGCUCGGCGAGCAACUCGGACACGGACGACAACUCCUCGACCAUCGACCACCAUAAGCUGCGCUCGGCGCUCCACUCGGCCAAGAAGUCGCACCGCCUGUCGUCCAUGACGGGCACGGCGGCGUCCAACGCGAAGCGCACCUCGUCCAUCGGGUCCGUGGGCGGUGGCCACCACCACCACCGCGCCUCGGCCUCUUACUCGGGCCCGCCGCCCGCGAGCUCGACCAACGGCAUCUCGCGGCAGUGGCGCCGCGGCUCCGCGGAGCGCAGGCGCUCGCCGCCCAUCACGUGCUCGCCGCCUCCUGCGAGCGAAGGGGGAGGAGGAGGCGGCGGCGGCGGCGUCCUGGGUCCCGCUGCGCGGCCCGGCGGCGCGUUCACGGCGGGCCAGGCGCGGAGGAUGAACAUGGGGGGCAGCGUGCGGGGCGAUAGCGGGUCGCCGCGGGAGAGGCUGCUUGCUGCUGAGGGCAGGGCUAGGAGGAUCACCAUCGGCAGUAGGCUCGAGGGCGUGCCGGGAAGCGCGAGGAAGGAUGCUGCUUCCUCUGCUGGUCCGGCGGGAUCGGGCGCGGCGCCGACUAGGGCUAGCGUGGCGUGGAGAUGA